ACCGCGGAUGCGUCAUGCGCCGUUAUUUUCGUGGGCCCGACUCAACUUAAAUCCCUCUUCCUUUCUUCUCUCUGGUGAGCUGGCUCUUCAUCCCCCCUCGAGGCUCGGCUGCUCUUCCCCGACCGUGAGAGCCCUUGCUGGCUGACAAUGGGCUCCCGAGCACUGCACUGGCCUCGGGCCGCUCAGUCCUCGCUACAACAUGUCGCUCGUACAAAUGAUCCUACCGUGAUGCGCCCGGCGCAAUUGCUGCAUAGCGAUGCGCGGGCCCAACACAUUGCCGAGUUCUCGAAUACUAGCCGGAACUAUGACCGUCUGGGGCGUCGUGCGAAGGAGAAAAUGCUGGAUAAGGAAUUCUUUCUAAGUCUGUUAAGCUCCGCGUCGACUAAACGAGAAGCAAAAUCAUACCUAUCUCGCUUCAAAACCAAUCCUGCAAAUGGAAACCCUAAGCCCACUCCCGAACCUCCAAAGGAGUCUGUACAAGAAGAAUCAUUACCAUCCGGUGUGAACCUCGGCUCGUUUUACGGCGCCUCCAGAGCAGUGUACGACACUCCGGUGUUCCGGCAGAACACCACGGCGGUUCCUCAAGUACCAGAAUCCUGGGAAAGAAUACACUUGGCCUUGAUCAAAGUCACUGCGCCGCAAUCCCUCGAUGAUGAGACUCUCAGCGGUGUGGCAAAGACGUUUUCUCAGCUCGUACGCCUGGGAAUGGCGUGCUGUGUGGUAGUCGACCCGGGCAAUUUGGAAGACCCCGCCACAAUCCGACAAGUUGCCAUUGAGCAGGCCACUCGGAUCGCAAAUGCAGUAGAUGCGCAACCGGACUCAAAAUCAUUCCGUAUCGACUCGGCUCUAUCUAUUUCUGAAGUUGAUCCAGCCCAUCCUACGGUCACGUCUCGGCAAAGGCUACUACGUCCACUCCGGAACGGACAUGUCGUGAUUGUCACGCCAAUUGCCUAUGUGGAUGAAAAUCCCAGGGCUGUGUCGGUAUCGGCGAACGAUGCCGUCAUAGCGCUCACCAAAGAAUUUGCUGGAUUGUCUACUAUCCCUGACCCAGAUGAGGACCCGGCUCUGACUGCGGAAAAGAUCGGUGAGCUACAGAAGGAGGUCUCUCUGGAUCGGGUCAUUCUUCUCCAUCCACUCGGGGGAAUUCCAGCAUUCAGGGGCCCGCAGUCAUCCCAUGUCUUCAUCAACAUGGAGCAAGAGUUUGACGACAUCGAGGAAGAGCUGCUCGAUACACGGCGUGACCUCGUUGGCGAAGCAAAAGUCAAACGCAGCAAAGACGAAGGACCGGCCUCUGCUAUCUUGGAGAGCAACCCCUUCUCCAAGUUUGUGGAACAGGAGGUAUUCUCGCCUCUUCCUGGAAGGACUAUCAGGAUCCCGGGCUCCAAUGCAAUGGGAUACGUUCUUGACGGCCACCUGGAAAAUCUCCGCCUCACGCAACAAGCCCUCACCAUGCUCCCAUCUGCCUCCUCGGGCAUCAUCACGUCUCCACAAGAAGUCGCCAACUCCGCCCGCGCACCCCAAGAUGCACUCUCAGACAUGUCUGCCGUAGGGACGCGCCGCCAGCGCAAUCCCCUGAUCCACAACCUUCUUACUGACAAACCACUCCUGUCAUCUUCUCUCCCUCCCGGCCGUCGGGCAUCGAUUAACGGAUGUGCAAGCGCAAUCAGCGCUCUUCCCCCGCACUCCACCUUUGUCAAGCGCGGCAUGCCCCUCACGAUCCUCCCAGACCCUAGCAUACAGAUGUGGACAGCUUCUGGCCAGUCCCGCCUGCAACUCAACGACCCCUCCAUCGAUCUCCCCCGACUGGUGCAUUUAAUCGAAGACUCCUUUGACCGCAAGCUCGACGUGCCAAACUACCUCGAGCGGGUGAAUGACCGCAUUGCCGGUCUGAUCAUCGCAGGCGAGUACGAAGGUGGUGCAAUCCUAACCUGGGAAGCACCACCAGGCGUAGUCGACGACGGCAGCGAAGCCAGCGCCGCCCGGAUGGUACCGUACCUGGACAAAUUUGCCGUGCUGAAGCGUAGCCAGGGUGCGGGCGGCGUGGCAGACGUGGUCUUCAACGCGAUGGUGCGCACUUGUUUCCCUGAUGGGGUUUGCUGGCGCAGUCGCAAGGAUAACCCCGUGAACAAGUGGUACUUUGAACGAUCGAGUGGGACGUGGAAAUUGUCUGAUAGCAAUUGGACGAUGUUUUGGACAACGCCUGGACUUGUGGAGGAUACUCAGCGAUUCCGGGAUUACGAGGCUGUUUGUCGGAACAUUCAGCCCAGUUGGGCUGAUAAUAAAAGCGUCAUUGAUUGAGCAAGGCGACGAGACUGUAUAUAGAAUGGAUAUCCCCGUGUAUAUAGUUCUGUUAGUGGACAGCACACCCAAAGUGAACAGUAAAAUCCAUCAUCCUCCACGCACCAAACAACAUAUCCA